AUGCUCACGUCCAAGCGCCUGCUACAGGCGUUUGUGCUGCUCCUCUCGGUGGCCACGCUGGCGUCGUGCUUGCCCGCAAGCCUCGCCGGCGACGCCUCGCUCAACCGCGCGUUCGAGGCACCGUGGACGACGCGGAUGCUCCUGACCCGCCGCGACGCCUUCACCGACGUGCGGGGCACAUCGGGCGACGUCAGCCUGUCGUCGGUGGGCAAGCGACCGGGCGGCGCCUACGCCCGCUCCCUGCCCGUCGGCGGCUCUGGCGGCCGCAUCUUCACCUGGUACUCCAAGACGCCGCACAACGAGGCAGACGCCGAGUCGGCAUUCAUCGUCAUCCACGGCGUCAACCGCAACGCCCACACCUACUUUUCCGUCCUCAACAAGGCCUACACGGCCGCCCGGGAUGCCGGCGGGUACGCGUCGGCCGCCGCCAACUCGAUCCGCGUGGCGCCCCUCUUCUUCUCGACGGCGCGCGACGGCGGCGCGUACGACUCCGACGCCUUGGCGUGGGGCGACUCGAAUCGCUGGACGGCCGGCGAGGCAUCGACCCACCCGCCCAACAGCGGCGUGAGCAGCUUCGCCGUCCUCGACAUGUUCCUCGACCGCUUCUCGGACCGAUCCGCCUACCCGCGCAUGAAGACGAUCACGUUCGUCGCCCACGGCGGCGGCGGCCAGUUCCUCCAGCGCUACGCCGUCAUGGGCAAGGAUAAACCGGCGCCCGAUCGCCUGUCGGUGCGCUACGUCGUGGGCGACCCGUCGUCGAUGCUCUACUUUACGCCGGACCGUCCCGUGGGCGUCGACGUCGCCAGCUGCCCGACGUGGAACGACUACCGCUACGGCGUCAACGGCUACAGCGCCAACUACGCGUCGCUCAACACGGGCAACGCCGCCAGCCUGUUCCGGCGGUACGCCGAGCGCGAUGUGCGGUACGUCGUGGGGCUGGCCGACACGUCGGGCGAGGAGGGCGACCAGUUCUGCAUGGCGCGCGGCCUCGGCGGCACCAAGCGGCGCAACCGGUCGCUGGCCUACUGGAAGUACAUCCACCUCCUCGCCGGACAUCGGGCCGACGACUACCAGGGCUUCCCCGGCCGCUUCCCCACCCUCGACCCCAAACACGGCGACAAUGGCCAGGCCAACAUCCCCCGCUCCCGCUCCCUCUCGUCGACGGCGGCGUUCCGGGGCCGCAAGGUGCACCACGCUCUCGCCCUGAUCCAAGGCGCGGGGCACAGCGUCAGCCAGGUCUACGCCUCGGACCUGGGACGGCGCGCCCUGUUUGGAUCGAGGGGCGAGGCGUCGGGCGGAUCGCCCCCGGCCGAUGCCAUCGCCGACCUGGACGGCUACACGGCUUCCGCCAACUGA